CGGCUGCUGGGAUCCUAUAAAACAGCAAAUUCUGGGACUCCACCGCAACCAAAACUCCACUUCUCAUACAUCUUACUACUUUACGCCUACUAUCGUUGAAAUAUUUUUGCACUCCGUACAGUUUGUUUUGAAUACCAGUACCACCAUCCCUUUCUUUCUUAUCCUUUAGUGUUUGAAGUCAGAUUUGCUUUCGUCUCUCAUCAAAUGUGAAGCAGAUUUGAGGCUUUUUUUGCCAGAUUUUUUAUCAGGAACGGUGACUAGUAUAGAAACUUCCUGGUAAUUUGUUUCCCAAAAGAAAAUUACUGGAGGCCGCAGUUAUUCACUCUCCUUUUCUUCUGGGUUCAGUCUCUCCUUUUAUAUCUGUUGCUUUCUAACAAAUCUUUAGAGUAGUGAGAUUUUUUCUUUUUUCAGCCUCUGCCGGGUCUUCCUUUGUUGAAGGCUCUCUCUCUCUCUAUCUCUCUCUUCUUCCCUUAUUCCAAUCUUUAAUAGUGUUUUUGAAACCUUUGAUACCUUUUGGCAGAUUUCUGAUUCAGCCAUGUCUUUGUUAUCUCUUUCCACGGUUUAAGCUUCUCUUUCAAGGUUCCCUACCUUUUUCCCACUUUAUUCUUGUACGUCGCUCGACCCUUGUUCUCUUCCUUCUUUCUAUCGAUGCCAAUGGACGGAAUCUGAGACCACCAAAACAACACAACCCCAAAAAGAGAAAAAAAAAAUCAGCAAAGCUAAAGAUGGACCAAAGUAUCCUAUGUCCGAUCAAAUACACCGAACACAAAAUCGUCACAAAAAAAUUCAGAAUGACGUCCUUGAAGCCCAAAAAACCAUCUUCCGGUUAUGACCGUACUCACAACAACAAUACCCCCGACGUUCCCAGAAUCGUACGGGUAUCCAUUACGGACCCUGACGCAACGGACUCUUCAAGCGAUGAGGAAGCUCACUUCUUUGGUCGCCAGAGAGUGAAGCGCUACGUCAACGAGAUCAACAUCGAAGCCGCUUGCAAAGCCACCACCGCCAACAACAUUUACAACAGCAACCGCAAGAGGACGACCGCAGCCGCCGACGUCACAACAGCCUGUCUUAGACCACUCAAGCUUUCUUCAACCAACGGAAAUGGUAGGAAGUUCAGGGGAGUACGGCAAAGACCGUGGGGAAAAUGGGCGGCGGAGAUUAGAGAUCCUGCUCGACGUGUACGGCUGUGGUUGGGUACUUAUGAUACUGCUGAAGAAGCAGCCAUGGUUUAUGAUAAUGCAGCAAUCAAGCUUCGAGGACCUGACGCUUUGACCAACUUCGUUACUCCUCCUGCGAAGCAAAAUAAUGAAAAGUCCGAAAAAAUUAACGUGGAUUCGGUUUCUGGGUACGAAUCAGCGGACGAGUCAUCUCACAAUCUUUCUUCUCCAAUUUCAGUUCUUAACUUUCGAACUCAAUCAAGUGAAGAAACAGCAGUCGAACAAGAAAAACCGGUUCAAGAACUCCGAGAAGAAGAUAGUAAGCGGCCGCCGGUUCAGGAGCAGCUGGUUUCAAGCGAAUGCCAAGGGGAAAGUGAAACAAACUUGCCCGAUGAUUCGGGAGAUUAUUUGUCACUUGAUUUCCCUUUUCUCGACGAGUCUUUCAACAUCCCAGUUCCUGGAUUGUCGCUCUUUGAUGAGACUGCGACGAUUUUGCCAGACAGUAGCCUGUUCAGUGGGGAUUUUAGUGACAUGUUACUCGACACGUCUCAAAAAUCGUCAUCAUCUAUUUUACAAGUGGAAGAUUACUUUGAAGACAUCGGCGAUUUGUUCUUCUCAGACCCUCUUGAGGCACUAUGAGAGAGAAAGUUUAGUCCUCUUUUCUCGAACGAAUGUCGUCGCCGCUUGCUUGCCGAUUUCCCUGCAGAUUUUGGAUCGGCGGCGAAAUAAAAAGAUUUGGGGUUAUUCACUAAUAUUAUUUAUUUGUUUAAUUCCUCCGUUAAAAAAUAAACGGAGAGUUGAGUGGAGGUUUGUUUUUCUUUUUAUAUUUUUCUUUUUGUUAAAAAUAAUUAGGCGUGUACUUAAAAUUUUGACGGAGAAAUGAGAAAUGAAAAACUUUUGUUAUCCUCUUUUUCUGGAAAUUCUAACGGAUGUGAUUAU